AUGGUUGAAGAAAAAGUGUACAUUAGUGAUCUGUCCUACCCCAUAGAGGAGAAGAAAUGCCUCGUCUACAGGAUAUUCGGUCAAGUUCCGGCGCGUCUGGUCUUAUAUCUGCUAUCAUGGUCCGGCUUUUUGGUAUCAUUUAUGAUGCGCAAUGACAUAAACAUAGCCAUAGUGGCUAUGGUGAAAGAACAACCAAGGGAAAUAAUAAAAAACGCCACAAUUGAAUACUGUUAUGUUAUCGAAGAUAGCAAUUCAAGUAUAGCUCCUGUGGACUAUGGCGGCACGUUGGACUGGUCUAGUAAAGUACAAAGUUACAUUUUAUCGUCUUUCUAUUGGGCCUACAUUAUAUCUCAGUUGGUCGGCGGUCUGGUUACGCAAAAAAUUGGUACGAAAAGAGUGUUUGGUUACGCCCAAUUGGCCACUGCCCUCUGCAGCAUUUCCAUUCCAUGGGCCAGCGAAACGCAUUUCGGCAUCGUCAUCGGCUUGAGAUUCGUACAAGGCUUCGCAUCGGGUUUAACAUGGCCUGCUAUGUACGCACUUGUGGGUCAUUGGAUUCCUGUGCCCGAAAGAAGCAGAUUUAUGUCGAGUUUUCAAGGUUUUAGCAUCGGUAUCGGUAUAACUUAUCCACUGUGCGGUUUCCUUAUCGCCCACCUCGGUUGGCGCUCCGUGUUCUACACGACGGGUUCCAUCGGCAUUCUCUGGUGCCUGAUAUGGUACUUGCUCGCCUUCGACAGCCCCGAGACCCAUCCGAGGAUAAGCCUGAGAGAGCAGCAGUACAUCAAAGAGAACACCAUCGUCAGUUACGAAAGCGCCAAGGCGCAAUCGGUGCCGUGGAAGGAGAUUUUCAAAUCGUUGCCGGCUUGGUCUAUCGGCAUAACGACGUUCGGAAGGAUAUGGGUGCACUAUAUUUUCAUCGUGUCUGGUCCCACGUACAUGAAGAGCAUACUCGGAUUUAACAUUGAAAAGAACGGUUUGCUGUCUGGAGCGCCAUUCAUUUGCAGCUACGUCGCUUCUGUUUUGUUCUGUUACAUAGCCGAUAAAUUGGUUACCAAAAACUACAUGUCUUUGACGAACGUGAGGAAGUUAAUGACGGCAUCUUCUCAAGUAUUACCAGGAUUAUUGGUACUGUUGAUCAGUUACCUAGGCUGCGAUAUAGAGCUCGUUCUCGUCGUUUGGUUCACAGCCGUUACUCUCAUCACGGCGGCUUACGCAGGAGCAAUGGCUAAUAUCGUAGAUAUAGCUCCGAAUUUCGCUGGACCCGUAUUAGCGUUUGCUCAAACUAUCCACAUGACCGCUAGUUUCCUCAGCCCUUUAGUCGCAUUCCACAUGUUAGAAGGCCAAGAGCAGAACAUGUCGGCGUGGAGGAACGUUUUCUACAUUACCGCGUUCAUCUCUAGCUCAACUUAUAUUGUUUACCAGAUUUGGGGCACGGGAGAAGUACAAUCUUGGAAUUACAAUAAGAGUGAUUUGCCUAUUCCUGAGCAAGAAGAGCUCAUUAAUCAAAAUACCUCUAUCAAGCCAUCUAUAGCUAAAAAUGACAUACAAUCGGAGAAACUCGCCAACGCUUCAACUAUUGAGAUAUAA